AUGGACAAAAACAUCGUCAAUAAGGGUCUGAACCUCCUUUUCGAUCGCCUGGGAGAAACCCUACUCUCCCCAAAGGGCGACGAAGGAGCCGUAUUUCAACUAACUGAAGAUCAUUUGGACGACCAAUAUAAAAGCAAUGGGCUCGAAAUCAACAAUCGCUUUGGCGAGGGUACAGCCGAAGUUAUUCCACUAGUGUCGUUAAAGAAGCAGCCAAACAUUUCUUUGGCAAAACAACUACCCCAAGACGCUGAGUUCUCUGUUUUCAUACCUUCUCACCGGCAGAUGGCUGAUGAAGUCAUUAAUGCUUUAUUAGAUGUUCCAGAAAAUGAACUUCCACAAUUUCUAUCAACAUGUGUGUUCGCAAGAGAAAAAUUAAACCGUCAGUUGUUCUUCUAUUGCUACUCUGUUGCGCUCAUGCAUAGGCGGGAUACAAAUAAUAUCCGAAUUCCAAAUCUCGCGGAAGCUUUCCCCUCAAAGCUGGUUGAUUCACAAGUAUUUGGACAAGCUCGGGAAAUUGCAGCCACCUCUGCCAAAGGAGCUCCACGUCGUCCAAUCAUCAUUCCUAGAGAUUACACGGCUACUGACUUAGAUAUUGAACACCGACUAGCCUACUUCCGCGAAGAUCUUGGAGUCAAUCUUCAUCACCGUUACUGGCAUCUUGUUUAUCCUUUCAGCGGUAGAUUUGAAAUAGUCAACAAGGACCGCCGGGGAGAGUUAUUUUUCUACAUGCAUUCACAGAUUAUAGCUAGGUAUAAUGGAGAACGACUUAACAAUGCCUUACCGAGAGUGAAGAAAUUUAAUAACUGGGACGAACCUAUCCCUGAAGCUUAUUAUCCAAAACUGGACAGUCUAACAACCUCGCGUGGAUGGCCUCCACGACAGGCCAAUAUGCGUUGGCAAGAUGUUAACCGCGUCCCUGACAAUCUUAGAGUGUCUGUUGCUGAUAUGCAGCGUUGGAGAAAAAAUGUCGAAGAAGCCAUCGCAACUGGGAUGGUUAGAAAUCGCGAUGGUUCCAUGUCACCACUGAACAUCAACCUGCUGGGCAACUUGAUCGAGUCGAGCAUACUUUCACCCAACCCCGAGUUGUACGGCGCCUUGCACAACAAUGGACACGUCCUCACAGGAUACAUUCACGACCCUACUAGUCGUUACCUUGAAUACUUCGGCGUGAUGGCGGACGAGGCGACCACCAUGCGCGACCCGUUCUUCUACCGCUGGCACGGCUUCAUCGACGACCUGUUCCAAAGGUACAAGGAGUCAGCAAAUGUCGCUCCCUACGUACGAUCUGAGCUGGAAAACCCUGGAGUGCAAAUAAGUUCAGUGCGAGUGGAAAGUUCGACCGGCGACGUGAACACGCUCAACACGUUCUGGAUGCAGAGCGACGUGGACGUGUCCGGGGGACUGGACUUCUCGGACCGCGGCGCGGUAUACGUGCGCUUCACUCACCUCAACCACCGGCCUUUCAGAUAUGUGAUCGACGUGAACAACACCGGGAGCGCGCGCCGCGCCACCGUCCGCAUCUUCAUGGCACCCAAGUUUGAUGAGCGGAGGAGUCCUUGGGUCUUCUCUGACCAACGCAAGAUGUUUAUCGAAAUGGACAGAUUUGUUGUGCCAUUGAACGCGGGGCAGAACCAAAUAGUGCGUAUGUCGACUCAGUCGUCGGUGACGAUCCCGUUCGAGCAGACCUUCCGCGACCUGUCGGUGCCGCGCGACCAGAGUGACGCCGUCGCCUUGAACUACUGCGGUUGCGGCUGGCCGCAGCACAUGCUGGUGCCGCGCGGCACGCCCGCCGGCGCGCAGUACGACCUCUUCGUCAUGUUGUCUAACUACGACUUGGACAGCGUUGACAACCCUGACGGCACUACGAUGACCUGCGUGGAAGCUUCGAGCUUCUGUGGAUUGAAGGACAAGAAGUACCCCGACAGACGUGACAUGGGAUUCCCCUUCGACCGCCCCUCGAACACCGCGGCCAACAUCCAAGACUUCAUCUUGCCUAACAUGUCUCUUACUGACAUCACAAUCCGUUUGAAGGACGACGGCGCUGAAGUAAACCCACGAAACCCGCAAAAU